ACGUCACCUACCAUGCACGGCAACCGCUAUCUACUAAGUUAACCUCAAAUCAUACAAAAAUUUCAUCAUUUUAUAAAAUUAUUUAAAUUUAUUUAUUAACAAGAACUAACAAAUAAGUGCAACCAUGGCAGAAUUAAGUGAAAAGAUCCUCAAGUAUUUAUCCGAUAGGGAUGCAGUGAAUACCCUGGAUUUGGCAACAGCUUUUAGUGAAGAUCAUCAAAAAAUUGUGGGGGCUUUAAAAAGUAUUCAAGCGAAUGGUGAUUUAGUAACAGCUGAUCAAGUCAGUGAAAAAAGACUAGAAGUCACUGAUGAAGGCAAACAGAUGAUUGAAAAUGGAAGUUAUGAAGCAAACAUAUAUAACAGUGUGCCGGAGGCAGGCAUUCCUCAAGCAGAACUAAUGAAAAUACCAAACGCAAAAAUCGGAUUCAGUAAAGCAAUGUCAGCUGGUUGGAUUCAAGUUGAUAAAAGUUGCAACCCACCUUUGGUAAAAAGAAAAGUACCAAGCAUAACUGAUACAGUUCAACAAACAUUAAAAUCAAUUCAAUCUGGCUCAACUGAUGGAUUGUCUGACAAAGACAAACAGGAAUACAAAAAGCGAAAACUGAUACAGGAGAUUGUUGUGAAAAGCUUCCUUCUAAAGAAAGGUCCAGAAUUCAGUUUAGAAUUAAAAAAACUGGAAACUGACCUCACAACUGAAAUGCUACUAUCGGGCAAUUGGAAAGACUUGAAAUUCAAGGAGUACAACUUCGACGCACUCGGUGUACCGCCGGAAUGCGGUUAUUUGCAUCCUUUAUUGAAAGUUAGGUCGGAAUUCAGGCAGAUAUUUUUAGAAAUGGGUUUCUCUGAAAUGCCCACCAACAACUACAUCGAAAACUCCUUCUGGAACUUUGAUGCCCUCUACCAACCCCAGCAACAUCCGGCCAGAGAUGCGCACGACACUUUCUUCAUUUCCGAUCCGGCGAUCAGCUCUGAGUUUCCCAAAGAAUACCUGGAACGGGUCAAAACCACCCACAGUGUAGGAGGAUACGGUUCCACCGGCUAUGGAUACGAGUGGAAAAUCGAGGAAGCCCAAAAGAACCUCCUCAGAACCCACACCACCGCCGUAAGCGCGCGUAUGCUCUACAAAUUGGCGCAGCAAAAGGAGUUCAAACCCACCAAGCUGUUCAGUAUUGACAAAGUAUUCCGUAACGAGACACUGGACGCCACCCAUCUAGCAGAGUUCCACCAAGUGGAGGGCGUGAUUGCCGACUACAAUCUCACCCUUGGCGAUCUCAUCGGCGUUUUCACCGAAUUUUUCAAGAAAUUGGGCAUCACCGAACUGGAAUUCAAGCCGGCAUACAAUCCAUACACUGAACCGAGCAUGGAAAUUUUCUGCUUCCAUCCAGGUCUUGAGAAAUGGAUCGAAAUCGGCAAUUCCGGUAUCUUUAGGCCAGAAAUGUUGCUACCCAUGGGUUUACCUGAAGAUGUUUGCGUUUUGGCCUGGGGUUUAUCCUUAGAGAGGCCCACAAUGAUUAAGUAUGGUUUUAACAAUAUUAGGGACUUGGUGGGACCUAAGGUAGACUUGGAAAUGGUGCAAAAGAGUCCAAUUUGUCGGUUAGAUAAGACUAAAAAGAAUUAGGGAAUUGUAUUUAUUGUUUUUAAAACGUAACUUAUUUCUAGAUAGGCACAACCAAUAUAAAUUUGCUUUAACAAAUGUUUCUUUUUAAAGCAAAUAUUUUUUAUUUAACAUUCAGUUUUUGUUAUGUUAUAACUUUAAUACAUCCUUAAUUACAUGAUUUACAAACAGA